CCAAACAAAGAAAAACAAAUAUACGUAAUCAACAUGUUUCGAGUUUCAUUUUAGUGAUAAGCCAAAUAAUAUCUGAGUAACUCUCAUUGCAUUUCUCGACUUUCAAUAAGUAUAGUGUAAAAACUUCAAUAAUAAGACAGUUAAAAAAUAAUGAUAGUUAAACAUAACCUCAAAGUUUUCAUCAGUUUAUUAUUGUUAUUUUUUAUAAAAACAUCAUACGGAGUUUUUCAUCCGUUUAUUUUCGUCCCAGGUGAUGGUGGAUCUCAGGUAGAAGCUAAAUUAAACAAAUCAUCGGCCGUUCAUUAUAUUUGUGGCAAAACUAGCACUGAUUAUUUUAAUAUUUGGUUAAAUUUGGAGCUUUUGGUUCCUGUUGUAAUCGAUUGUUGGAUUGACAAUAUUAAAUUGGUUUACAAUAACGAAACGCGUAAAACUGAAAAUACUCCUGGGGUAGAUAUUAGAAUUCCAGGAUUUGGAGGGACGGAAACUGUGGAGUGGUUGGAUCCUAGUCAUGCUUCUUCCGGAGCUUAUUUUAAGGAUAUAGCUAACGAAUUAGUUGGUUUGGGCCAUGUUCGGAAUGUUACUUUGAAAGGUGCGCCCUACGAUUUUAGGAAAGCACCAAAUGAAAACCAGGAUUAUUUUAUACAACUUAAAGAUCUGAUUGAAAAAACUUACAAUGAAAAUAAUCAAACUUCCGUAAUAUUAUUGGCCCACUCGAUGGGUGGGCCAAUGACACAAUACUUUUUGAAUAUGCAAAAGCAAUCUUGGAAGGACAAGUACAUUAAGUCAUUGGUGGCUUUAAGUGGUGCUUGGGGUGGAUCUGUUAAAGCUGUUAAAGUUUAUGCUAUAGGCGAUGAUUUGGGUUCCUACGUAUUAAACCAAAGAACAAUGAAACAAGAACAAAUUACUAAUCCCAGUUUAGCAUGGUUAAUGCCAUCAUCACAUUUUUGGCAAAAAGACGAAGUCCUUGUAGAAACUGAUAUAAAGAAUUAUACUUUAGCUAACAUUGAAGAAUACUUUAUUGACGUCGAUUAUCCUGAUGGAUGGGAAAUGUACAAAGACACUCAACCUCAUAGUUUAAGUUUAGGAGCUCCAGGAGUUGAGGUGCAUUGUUUGUAUGGUACCGAUGUUCCAACUGUGGAAAAAUUAAUUUAUAAGCCAGGUAAAUUUUAUGACACUCCAUCAUUUGUAAAUGGCGAUGGUGAUGGAACGGUGAAUAGGCGAUCCUUAGAAGGGUGCAUGUCGUGGGUUAAACAACAAAAACAACGAGUUUACGCGAGACCACUACCAAAAGUUGACCAUAUGAGUAUAUUAAGUAAUCCAAAUGUACUUCAAUAUAUAGCUAAUUUAGUAAAUACGAUUUAGAGUUGAAAUGAUCUCGUUGUGUGUGAAUUUUCGAACAAAAAAGCUUCCUAGUGUCUUUCCAAGUAUAUGUAAUUAUGUUUUUAAUUUGAGAUAUGUGAUAUGUAAAUAAACCUUAAAUCAAAA